CCCUACAAAAGCUCAGGGUUUCUAGCAGCGGCUUCUUCCUCCAAGAGUCUCGGUGCAGCUGAGGCCAGAGUUAAGGAACAGAAUCUUGCUGAGCCCUGCACAGGCCCUCACCCUGAGGUCAGGAAGUUUGGAGAAUGAGGCCUUUCAGCCCUGAGGUUUCUCUAGACCUGCCCUGUGCCACGGCAGCCCACCUGCUUCCCAUCUGCACCCUCUUCCUGAACUUGCUCUGCAUGGCCAAAGGCUCCAGGGACCCCCUGGUACCCAACCGGCCCUUCGCCACCAUCUGGAAUGCAAACACCCAGUGGUGUCUAGAGAGGCAUGGCGUGGACGUGGAUGUCAGUGUCUUUGAUGUGGUGGCCAACCCGGGGCAGACCUUCCGCGGCCCUGACAUGACCAUUUUCUACAGCUCCCAGCUGGGCACCUACCCUUACUACACACCUGCUGGGGAACCCGUAUUCGGUGGCCUGCCCCAGAAUGCCAGCCUGGCUGUCCACCUGGCCCGCGCGUUCCAGGACAUCCUGGCUGCCAUGCCUGCAUCCAACUUCUCAGGGCUGGCAGUUAUUGACUGGGAGGCAUGGCGCCCACGCUGGGCCUUCAACUGGGACACCAAGGACAUUUACCGGCAGCGCUCACGGGCACUGGUACAGGGGCAGCACCCUGACUGGCCAGCUCCUUGGGUGGAGGCAGCAGCUCAGGACCAGUUCGAGGGGGCUGCGCGGGCCUGGAUGGCAGGCACCCUCAGGCUGGGACAAGCACUGCAGCCUCGUGGCCUCUGGGGCUUCUAUGGCUUCCCUGAUUGCUAUAACUAUGACUUUAAAAAUCCCAACUACACUGGCCAGUGCCCACCAGGCAUCCGUGCCGAGAAUGACCAGCUGGGGUGGCUGUGGGGCCAGAGCCGUGCCCUCUACCCCAGCAUCUACCUGCCCGCAGCACUGGAGGGCACGAAGAAGGCACGGAUGUUUGUGCAGCACCGUGUGGGUGAGGCAUUCCGUUUGGCCGUGGGUGCAGGGUACCCUGAUCUGCCAGUGCUGCCCUACGUCCAGAUCUUCUACGACAUGACUAACCGCUUUCUGCCCCUGGAGGAGCUGGAGCACAGCCUGGGGGAGAGUGCAGCCCAGGGGGCAGCAGGAGUGGUGCUCUGGGUGAGCUGGGAGAACACAAGAACCAAGGAAUCCUGCCAGGCCAUCAAGGAGUAUGUUGACACGACACUGGGGCCCUUCAUCCUGAAUGUGACCAGUGGGGCUCUUCUGUGCAGUCAAGUCCUGUGCUCUGGCCAUGGCCGUUGUGCUCGGCGCCCCAGUCACCCCGAGGCCCGCCUCAUCCUCAGCCCCACCAGUUUCUCCAUCGAGUCCACGCCUGGUGGUGGGCCUCUGACCCUCCGAGGUGCCCUCUCACUCAAGGAUCGGUUGGCUGUGGAGUUCAAAUGUCGCUGCUACUGUGGGUGGACGGGAACAUGGUGUGAGCAGUGGGGCAUGUGGUGAUUGGCACAUGCACACAUUGAGUACCUAAUGCAAUCUGGACCUGGCUACAGCUUUCUCAAGUACAGGCACAGUCACAUGAGUCAUGGUCACAGUCAGAAGUACACUCAGGCAUUGUCAUGAGCAUAUGCUAGCCCAUUCACACCUGCUUACAGACCAAGAUAGUUGCAUAAGGAGUUAGAGCCUUGGGCACCCACCCAGCAGAGUUAAAAAUAUUUCCUCCAGAGACAUUGAGCCAGUCUUUAAACUGCAGCAAUCACAAGAACUGACGCUCUGGACUUCCCUGGCGGUCCAGUGGUUAAGACUCCGUGCUUCUACUGCAGGGGGCGGGGGUUCGAUCCCUGGUCAGGGAACUAAGAUCCCGCAUGCUGAAAGAAAGAAAGGGAGGGAGGGAGGAAGGAAGGAAGGAAGGAAGAGCUGACAUUCACUGGGUGCCUACUUUUUCCGAGUCCUGUGCUAGGCAUUUUAAGUACUCUAACUUAAUUGUGCAAUCCUAACAUGACGCUAUGAGGAAACUGAGGCACACACAGGGAGGGUAAGCACUUUACCCAAGGUUGCAGACAGAAAAUAGAGCAGCUGAGAUUCAAACCCAGGUGAAUCUGGGUUUGAAUCUCUACCCUCUACCUCUACCUCUAUAGCGAUGGAGCCCUUUGGCUCCUACUAUAUGUCGACGGUAAUCAGCCCUGUACUGCAGCCUGAAUCCGUUCAGAGGUAACAGCCUCACAAAUAAAGCAGACAUGAUUCUAA